AUGGCGGAGGAGGAGGAAGGGGUAGAGGAGAAUGCAUUGUCCAGCUUCUCAUCUGUCUGUCACCUUCUCUUCUUAAGAAAAAUUUUUGCAGAAUUGGAUAUCCACAGCCUAAAUCUUCCCUUAGGCGCCACCAUCUACCACGGAAGGCUUCCUUCUGAGACGCCUAAGCUUGGUUCGGAUUUGCCACCACUGUAG